GAAGUAAAUCAUGUGAGUAAUAAAACAUGUCAAAUGGUUUAGAAUCAUAUGGCAGUUUUACACAAACAGUUUGAAAAAUAUUAAAUCUGUAGGCUACACAGUUUUCUAAAAUUAUCAGUGAGAUCAUAAUUUUCGGAACAGUUUUGAUGGCAAGUACUUUUUGAUUAGAUUCGGAUUUUGAUAAAAAUUAUAAGCAAGAUGUACAAAACUACAGCAGUAUUAAGAUGUUUGAAAAAUAUCCAGGUGAGUGAGAAUCUUGUUAAAUUCUCAGUACCAAAUAGAAAUUUUAAUGGAGGCCCAGGUCAAUCAACAUCUUCAUCUAGUGCUCUAGUGAUUGGAGUUUAUGAUUCAAAUGAGAAAGACGGUCAACAAGAAUUCACGGAAGCUGGACAAAAGGUGAAUGACACAUCUAACGGAUUAUUGAGAGAGCUAGUCAACAAGCAACCUAUAACUUUGGGUAAAGCACAAGUCUAUUCUCAUCUAGGCAUAGAGGGAUUUACACACAUUGCUCUUGCUGGACUUGGACCCAAAAAUCCAAACCGAUUAAAUCACACUGAACAACUCAAUGAGGAGAGAGAGAACAUUAGACUAGCAGCUGCCAUUGGAGUGAGGAAAGUGCAAAAUAAAGGAGCUGGUAAAAUUUCGGUAGAAGGGUUUACUGAACCAGAAGCUGCGGCGGAGGGUUCAAUGCUCGCAGCAUAUGAUUACAAUGCCAAUCUGUCAAUCGAUGUGACUCCACCAGCGAUCAGUCUCUACGAACACAGUGACACGAACUCGUGGGCAAGCGGAGAAAUAAAUGCAGAAUGUCAAAACUGGGCGCGACACCUCUCUCAUGCUCCCGCAAACUUGAAAUUACCGGAAAUGUAUGCAGAAGAAAUUUGUGACAGACUUACAAGGUAUGAUAUCAGAGUUGAUAUUCGUAAAAAGGAUUGGAUGCGUUCAAGGAACUUGCAUGCUUCUUUAGAGGCAGCUAAAAGUAGUUGCCAUGGACCUAUUCUUUUAGAGCUGAGCUAUUGUGGUGCUGCUCCAGAAGAUGGAACGGUUGCUUUUGUUGGCAAGGGGAAUAUUUUUGACUCUGGUGCUCUCUUCAUCAAACCUUGCAAAGGAAUGUAUCAGUUCAGAGCGGAUAUGGCUGGAGCUGCAGCUAUAUGUGCAGCUUUCCAAGGCAUUGCACGCAAACGCAUACCAAUCAACAUAAGGGCUGCAAUACUUCUGUACAUGAACAUGCCCUCUCCAAUGGGAUUGAAACCGGGAGACAUUCUUCAAAACAGAAACAGUAAGUACAUGAGAGCAUCAGAUCCCGACAAUGACUGUAGACUGGUGUUAUCGGAGAUCGUUGACUAUGUAGGAACUUAUGUGCCAGAUGUUAUAGUUGGCGUGGGAACCUUCACAAAAUCCAUAUCAGAUGCGCUUGGUAUCAGUGCCACUGGUCUUUUUACUAGAAAUUAUCCAUUAUUCACUGAAUUUCAUAGAGCUGGAUUGGAGUCUGGUGACAGAAUUUGGAGAAUGCCGUUGUGGAAACACUUUGCACAUCUGAACACCAAGUAUCCGGAUGUGGAUUUGGACAAUAGAACCGCGAGAUCUGGAGGAGAUCCAAGUCAAGCAGCCGCAUUCUUGGAAGAGUCAGUGCCAUUGGAUUUAACGUGUUGUUGUCCCACAGUACGUCCCUACGUGCAUUUGGAUUGCUUUGGAACUGGCUUACUUGCUCAGACCGAGAAUGAAGCAGAACCGUACUACAGGAAAGGAGUAAAAAUGGGCAGGCCAACACGACUUCUCAUACAGUUCUUGUAUCAUAGAGCAUGUCUCCUCCCGAAGAAAAAUAAAUCUACUGAGGUAGCAGUCAAAAAAGCUUGGUAAAGUAAUGUGCUUGUCAUGUAAUUUUCUUCAAAGAUCAAAUUGAUUUCCCAUAAGAUUGUCGUAACAUACAAAGAGAUAAAGCGAAAAAUAAAAUUAUUGUGAUACACAAAUUAAUUGUCAUUGUCAAUUCAAAUAAAAAUUUUGAGCAGA